AUGGCCAAAAGUCUGGUAAUGGCGGUGACAAUGUUCGUAGGAACGGCUGAUGCAGAUCCAAAAAAGCGCGAGCAGGUUAAAACAAUGCUAGCCCGCACCGUUAACCCACAGGAAGUGGACGCGAUGCUCGAGGGGCAAGUGCCCCCAGCAAACAGAGUUCGAGAAUCACCGACUUUCUACAACAACGCCCCGUUCGCCGUGGGCGAAGUCGUCAAGAUGGUCGAGAACGGAACGUUGCACGUGUAUCGCCCGGGGGAGGGUAAACCUAAAGUGGUGAAUCCGCUUGGGGUGCUUAACGUGCCCAAGGGACGCCUGGUUGACAAUGCCCGAUACGUUAACCUGUUUUCCAAGCGGCAGCCCUUCAAGUACGAGACUCCGCGGAAAGUCCUCAACUUCCUGAGAGAAAAAGCCUACAUCGCAUCCUGGGACUUCAAAGCCGGCUACUACCGAAUCCUCAUCAACCCGCCGUUCCGCAAGUACUUCGGCAUCAAAGUCGGGGCUGUCUACCUGCACUACAACGCUUUGUGCUUCGGCUGGUCCGAGGCGUGCCUGCUCUACACAUUGCUCACCCAGGAGGCGGCGAAGGAGCUGCGAUUGCGCGCAACUUUCCCGGUCUCGUGCUAUUUAGACGACGGGAUAACCGGCAGCGCCGAUUUCUGGCGCUGCCUCAGAGCGAUGAACUUCAUCAUCAAGGUGCUGACGCUGCUUGGAGCCGUCUUCAGCUUGCUCAAGUGGCACUUAUAUGGCCGACGCAAGAGGGACCCUCGCUCGGGUUCCUGA